CCACCGGAGUCGCAUUUUUUUGAGAUCCCUUUUUGAAAUGAUUGCCUUUGACCAGCUUGUCAUCUGGUGAAGUCACAUUGCUCUCCUCGUUUUUCGUACAGACUCGCGAUAAAUAAAAAAAAAAGAAAAGAAAUGCUGUUUGUGUAAACUUUUAUAUUUUUCAUUUACAUUGUCGGGCUGGUUAGUUUGCCUUCAAACAACGUGAACAAACCCCAGCAACCGACAACGUUAGCAACUAACUGUAGUGAAUGCGUACCAAAACUUGUACUAUAAUUUUAACAUAAUUUUAUGUCAACAGUCUAUUUAGCAUUGUGUUGCUAACUUUAGCUAAGGCUAGUUAGUUAGUAGUGAAGAAUUAACAACGUGUUAAGUUAGAAAGAUUCAAUGAAGUGGGCUUCCGUUUGUAUCCUUCAGAAUAAAAGAAUGUCAAAAAAAUAACAUCAGCUGAUUAACUGAUCCGUCUGUCAGCCGUCUGUGGGCCAGUAUUGGUUGUAAAAGCUGCACCUCUUCUGUGGCAAAUGUUAAUUUCAUAAUUAUCCUUACUCACUGAAGUCGAGCAACACAAGUUAACUGACAAUGUGCAAAAACACUACUGGCCCUUUUUAUAGUUACACAGAACAGUCUUACAUGUCACUGUGUUUAUACUUUGCUGGACGGACAUAAACUCUCCAGGCACCACCACACCACUGCUUUCCAACUGUAUGUGGCAAAUACUGGCAAAAUGUGCUUUUACUUUGAAGGCAAACCGCCGGCCAAGCGUUAUCUUGACGCUGUCAACAGGGACAAACAAUACAGCUAGCUGUGUGUUUCUAGACGAGACCAAAAAGUUGUUGCACCGGGUGUAACCAACGAGCUAACAUUAGGCUAGUUAGAUGUAGCUAGCUGGCUAGCUCUAUUUUCCUGUCGGUGUCCGCGGCCGUAGAAUGAACAUUACACACACGAUUGUUGAGGAAUACUAAUGAAAGUCGUCGGUGUCACUUUAGUUUACAAUCCCAGUGCUGUUGCCGUCGACGUCUUCGAUUUAGUGGUUUUUUCCCCCCAUUAGCUGUCCGGUGUCGGUCAGUUCGCUAGUUAGCCUCUUGAGCUAGCUCGGUACAGUAGCGUAUGGGUGUCAAAGUGAGCCGUGACUUCACCGGGUGUCUGGUUGCCUGAGCUCACAUUUCGGACACGUCAAGGUUCCUCAAAUCUGUCUUCUGGUUUUGGGGGCUGUGAUGUCGGAGCCCAAAACCCCUACUCCCGUUCCUGCUGGUGACACAUACAAAGGAUGGGUGUUCAAGUGGACAAAUUACAUCAAGGGCUAUCAGCGGAGGUGGUUUGUCCUGAGCAAUGGGCUGUUGUCAUACUACAGAACCCAGGCGGAGAUGGGCCAUACGUGUCGAGGCACGAUAAACCUGGCCACAGCAACUAUCACCGUCGACGACGCCUGCAACUUUGUCAUCUCCAAUGGCGGGGCACAGACGUACCACCUGAAGGCAAGCUGUGAGGUGGAACGCCAGCGCUGGAUCACUGCCCUGGAACUGGCCAAAGCCAAGGCGGCCCGCAUGCAGGCGGAGUCAGAUGACUCGGGGGAUGACUUUUCUUCAUCAUCCCCUCCGGUGGCGCCCGGACAAGGUGGCGGGUCACAGAAUUCAGAAGUUCAGUCUGCUCUCAGAACACUAGGCAGCAAAGUGGAGGAUCUCAGCACGUGCAACGACCUAAUCUCAAAGCAUGGCUCUGCCCUCCAGAGGUCUUUAUCAGAGCUGGACAGUUUGCGUCUGACAGGAGAGGCUGGGGAUAAGAUUCGUCAGGUGACUGAGAGGGCCACGCUGUUCCGUAUCACCUCUAAUGCCAUGAUUAACGCGUGCCGAGACUUCCUCGCACUGGCUCAGGCUCACAGCAAGCGUUGGCAGAAGGCCCUACAAGCAGAACGGGACCAGCGGGUAAGGCUGGAGGAGACUUUAGAGCAGCUGGCCAAGCAGCACAACCACCUGGAGCGAGCGUUCAGAGGGGCUGCACAGGCUAAUGCUACUGCAGACAAUAAAAGUGCCGCCGGGCCCGGAAAAGGUGAGGCCAGCGAUGAGGACGAUGACAAUGAGUUCUUUGAUGCCAUGGAAGAGGCGCCUGAGUUUAUCACUGUACCUGCAGACCCGCAGUUCCACAAAAGGUCAAGCAGUAAUAUCAGCGGUUUUAACAGUGAAAUGUGUCUGGAUGAUCAAUCGCUUAAUGAGGAGCCUCUAGCGAUGAACCAGGAAUCUCCCUCUCAGGAGUUGGUGCCCUUGAAGAAGAGGCGGACACGCAUAUCAGACAAACCCAACUAUUCUCUCAACCUGUGGAGUAUCAUGAAGAACUGUAUUGGCAAAGAGCUGUCCAAAAUCCCGAUGCCUGUGAACUUCAACGAGCCCAUUUCCAUGCUGCAACGGUUGUCGGAGGACCUCGAGUACCACGAGCUGCUGGAUAAGGCCUCCAAGUGCCAGAGUUCGCUGGAGCAAAUGUGCUACGUGGCUGCCUUCUCCGUGUCCUCCUACUCGACCACCGUCCACCGCACAGGCAAGCCCUUCAACCCUCUGCUAGGAGAGACGUAUGAGCUGGACCGCCGGAGAGAGAGCGGCUACCGCUCCCUGUGUGAGCAGGUGAGUCACCACCCCCCUGCAGCAGCGCAUCAUGUGAUCUCUGAUCGUGGCUGGACCCUGAGGCAAGAGAUCACUGUCGCCAGCAAGUUCAGGGGCAAAUACCUCUCCAUCAUGCCUUUGGGCACGAUUCAUGCAAUCUUUGAGAAGAGCAACAAUCACUACACAUGGAAGAAAGUUACCACCACAGUGCACAACAUUAUUGUAGGAAAACUAUGGAUUGAUCAGUCGGGAGAGAUAGACGUAGUGAACCACACCACCGGAGACCGCUGCCACUUGAAGUUUGCUCCUUACAGCUACUUCUCCAGAGACGUGGCCAGGAAGGUGACCGGUGUGGUGAUGGACAAGGAUGGCAAGGCCCACUACGUGCUGUCGGGCACGUGGGAUGAGAAAAUGGAGUUUUCCCGGGUAAUGCAGAGCAGCCGAGGAGGGGAGAAUGGCACAGAGGGCAAACAGAAGACGGUCUAUCAAACCCUCAAAGCCAGAGAGUUGUGGAGAAAGAACCCUCUACCUGAGGGAGCAGAGACCAUGUACUACUUCACCACCUUGGCGCUGACCCUAAACGAGCCUGAGGAGGGCAUGGCACCCACCGACAGCCGGCGCCGGCCCGACCAGCGCCUGAUGGAGGAUGGCCGCUGGGACGAGGCCAAUGCAGAGAAGCAGCGGCUGGAGGAGAAGCAGCGCAGCGUCCGGCGGGAGAGAGAGAGGGAAGCUGCCAGCCAGCGCACCUCCAGCCAGUCAGAAGAAGCUGUCGAUGAGGACUCUGUAACUGAUCCCUCCUUAAAAAGCGCACCUCACGAGAACUACCAGGCUCUUUGGUUCGAGCGCUGUGAGGACCGGAUCACAGGUGAGCAAGUGCAUAUCUAUAAGGGAGGCUAUUGGGAAGCUAAGGAUCGUGGCAGCUGGGAGGGCUGCCCAGACAUAUUUUGACCUCGGCAUUAGCUGCGAAAGUGCCCUGAAGAGACUGAUCCAUCGAAGCCGCCUGGUGGACAGCUACCACAAAGGCUGGCUUGUCGCCCCCCCCACCACCACACUUGGACGACUGCCUCCCUCCAGUGGCUCUCUGUUCUAAGAGAUCUCCAGGACGGUCACUGCUGUCUGAUCCAGAGAGGGGAGCAGGGUUUUUCCUCUGACCUCCCUCAUCCCAUUUUGGUUCCUGUCUCCUUGAGUCCCCUUGUUGCUGUCACACAUCUGAGAGGACUGGAAAUGCAAAUGUUUUGCUGCUUUGACUCGGGUCAGGCUGAGCAUAAGGGGGCGGAAAUGAAAUGGGCAGUGCUUCCGAAUCUACAGUAGAUCAUUCUUUUUAGUCUCUCUGCUCAAGUCUGUUUAGUCUCUCAGAUCAGGAGCAGAAGAGGUUUUGUGCUGAUAACACCCUGUGAGAUAAUGUAGUGUACCUAUUGUCAUCCACAGCAUUGUGUGCUUUGGUAAUAACUCUAAAAAAAAAAGGGGUGGUAAGACCUGGUUAAUAUAUACAUUUAUAUAUAAAUAUGAUUAAAAUGAUUUCAUUAAAAUGUUGACUGGUGGCCUUCAAAACGUUAGUGAGGAUUUCUUGUUCAUCUCUCUGAUUUAGUGUCUUAAUGUAAUGAAGUGAAGGUUCUAGUGUGCUUGUGUGUGUGACUGCAUAUCUGCUCUUCCAUCACUUUACAACACUGCCACUGUGCAGUAUACUGUGUUUAAAAAAAAAAAAAAAAAGAAAUGAUUGUCCAAAAUACUGGUUGAACCUCCACACUGUCAUAGUUAUAGUUAGAAGAGAUUUGUUUUCCCUUUACAAGGGCCUGAUGGAAAUUAUGUUGGAAAUUGUUCAUGAGGCUACAAGGCCUAAACACCCUCUCUUUUCGCCUUAGAAAUGCUGUCACUUGUAUUUACAUCGCACCUGAAUGGAUAUGAUGCUGACAUUUGUAGCUGGUUUCUUAGGGAAAGACUACAGAGCUGCAAAAUGGCAAAAGCUUGUUCCAAUGCUGCGAAAAAUCUCCACUUUAGUGCAGUUUAAUUCAAUAACAAUUAACGAAAUUACCCAUUUCCGCAGCAUUGGAAUAACGUGGGGCCAUUGUGCGGAUAAAGUGAAUGCUAACUAAGUUACAUGGCAGUAAAAAUAGUUUUGGCAAGUGUGGGAUACUUGGUGUGAUUUUUGUGUUGAGAGGAACACAAACAAAUGAGAAAAGAAAAGUAAAUGCAGUGUUGAAAAUAAACGUCACACUCUUGUGUAUCUGCUGAAGAGUUCAUACAUAUGCAAGUACAUUUUGACACCAAAAACAUGGGAUACAAUGUGUGUGUGUGUGUGUGUGUGUGUGUGUGCGCGUGUGUGUGAAUUUCAUAAUUUUGUUUGUAAGUGUACUUAAAAAUGAAGAAUAAAGAAACAAAGAAGCAUUGCAAAUAACUAUGAUUUUAUAAAUGUAUAGAAAUUCAUAUUAUAGUAUUAAUAACUGUAAGGUAGUUUUUUUUUUUUUCUUGUAUUUUGGUUCCUCUCAUAUUACUGGAAGAGGACGGUCUUCAUUUUCAGAAAAAAAGGGAGUUUCCAUACUUAACUGAAGAGUUACAUGACAUUGUUCAGUAUUUUGUAUUAACAAAGAAAAAUAAUCUGUAAUAAACAAAUGCUGUGAUGUCAAACAAAUAGCUUUUCAUACUGUCCUUUAAUUUCAUUUGUUCCAACAUGUUCAUUAGUUAUUGAUUAGGGAACACAAAGAUUUGCCAAAUCAGUUGUUUGGGAAUUUCUGUCCUCAUGUUAAGCUGGAGCUUCAAAUGGGAUGACAUAUGUUGUCAAAAUAAUAAAAAAAAACAAUGAAAACAUA